AUGUUCGCCCGCUUCUCCCGAGCCCUCCCCCGCUCCCAACUCGCCGGCCCCCCCAUCCGGCCCCUCUACCGCUAUACCGCCACCGGCCUGGGAGCUUCCAUGUGGUUCUGGAUCUUUUACAAGGCGAAGGAGGACGGACCUGUCCUUCUCGGCUGGAAGCACCCCUGGGAUCACUAA